AUGAGGGAGUCGGACCGCCCCGCGCCCGUGCCGGAUGGAUGGGGCCCCGGCGGGUCUGUCGCUGCCGCUGGUCAGGACGGCGGCGGGUCCGGUUCUGGGUCGCACCACCUCGCCAAUUCGACUGGGGAAUCCACAACCACUCACGACGGAAACCUCGUAGCACCCGAAACACCAACAACCAACCCGUCGCUGCAUACAGCCACCCCCACCCCCACCCCCGCACCAACCCCCCACUCCCACCCCGACCUCACCGCCGAGCUCAAACGCGCCAACAUCACCCUCAACGCCUACGAAAAAAAGCUCCUCACAACAGUCAUCAACCCCCAGAACCUCACCGUCUCCUUCUCCGACCUCGUCCUCCCCUCGCACACAAAAACCCUCCUCCAAACCCUCACCGUCCUCCCCCUUCUCAAGCCCCACUACUACACCGCGGGUGUCCUCGCGCGCCAUUCCAUCACCGGUGUCCUCCUCUUUGGGCCCCCCGGGACCGGCAAAUCACUCCUCGCCAAAGCGCUCGCGAAGCACUCGGCGGCACGGUUCAUGAGCGUCGCGCUAUCGGACGUGUACGACAAGUACGUGGGCGAGGGGGAGAAGAACGUGAAAGCGAUAUUCACGCUGGCGAGGAAACUGAAGCCGUGCGUGGUGUUCUUGGAUGAGGUGGAUGCCCUGUUUGCGAGACGGGGCGGGGUAAACGAUAUGCCGACUAGACGGGAGGUUGUGAAUGAGUUUAUGAGCGAGUGGGAUGGGUUGGGGGGGAACAAUCAGGGGUUGGUUAUUGUGGGUGCAACCAAUCGACCGUUUGACUUGGACGACGCGAUUCUCCGCCGGAUGCCGCGGCGCAUUAUGGUGGACCUCCCCAAACAGCCGCAACGCCACGCCAUCCUCUCCCUCCACCUCCGCGGCGAGCACCUCUCCCCCACGCUCGACCUGGACCGGCUCGCCCGCCGCACGGAAAAGUAUUCCGGCUCCGACCUCAAAAACCUGUGCGUGGCGGCCGCCCUCGCGCGCAUCCGGGACGCGGUGGGGGGCGACGAGGGGUUGGAGAAGCUUGUGCGGGUCAGCGGCGGCGGGGGUGAAUCUGAUCCGCUGAAGAUGCCGGAGGAGGAGGUGGUGGUCCAGGGCCGGCCGAGCGAUGAGAAGCUACCCCCGCUGAGCAACGAGCAUUUUGAGACGGCGCUGAAGCAGGUUGCGCCGAGCCUGACGGACGAGAUGCAGACGCUGGUUGAGCUGAAGAAGUGGGAUGAGCGGUAUGGGGAGCGCAAGGAUCCGGAUAGACGGGGGAGGGAUGUGUGGGGGUUUAAUGGGUGA